AAUCUCCACGACGCGAUUUCGCGCCCUUGAUAUUCUCGCUCGUAGUUCCGUCCUUUUCCAAAUCAUGAUCGCGCUUAUGACACGGAGAAAGAGGGGGUGAUGAGCGAAAUUAGAGGAUCGAAAAAUAUCGCGCGCGCUUAUGUGCGAGCACGACUUGAAGCUGCAGCCGACCGAUAGUGGGAUGCGGGGGAGGGGGCUGACACACGAGAUCCAGCGAGAUGCAUCGCGCGCUAUAUAUGUAUGUCACCGAGGUGGUCGUCCGUAUAUGCGGGAGCUCUUAAAUAUUUAAUAACGCCGCGGAUACUAUCGGUGAAAUGACGCGCGAGUGACGGGCAGCGGGCUGAUCGGCGAUUCACCGAUGCGUCGCCCGGGCGCGGCUAGAAUGCGUGCCCGUGCUCGCUACGAAUUGCAAAUAAGCAGCGCGGAUGGACGCGGCCAUGUUUCCUGCUAGCAGAAAUCCUAUCCAUUAAUAAUUCGCUGAACGUGCGGGCCACGAAGUGGAGCGCGGUGCAGAAUGCCGAAAUGCGAUGUGAAGACAAGGUAUCUGCCAGCUACGUUCGCGUGGACGGUCCUACUCGGCACCACGACACUCUUCUUCUCCUUCCCGUGCCAAUAUUACGUCUCUCGAUGGGGCCCGUGGGUACCAGUUCUGCAAGGGGUCAUUACUUUCUUUGUCCUGGCAAACUUCACAUUGGCCACAUUUAUGGACCCAGGUGUUAUACCAAGAGCACCUCCUGACGAAGACCGUGAAGAUGAUUUUCGAGCACCGUUAUAUAAGAGCGUUGAGAUCAAUGGUAUCACUGUGCGUAUGAAGUGGUGCGUCACUUGCAAGUUCUACCGACCUCCACGUUGCUCACAUUGCAGUGUUUGUGAUCAUUGUAUCGAGACAUUCGACCAUCACUGCCCAUGGGUAAACAAUUGUAUCGGUAGAAGGAAUUACAGAUUCUUCUUUUUCUUCCUUCUGUCGCUCAGUACUCACAUGAUCAGUAUAUUUGGGCUAUGUCUGAACUUUGUACUGAAUCAUAAGGAGCAUUUGAGUGAAGUGGACACUAUUGUUGCAUUCGUGCUCAUGGGAGUAGUAGUGGUCUUAUUCAUUCCAAUACUUGGACUGACCGGCUUUCACGUGGUCCUUGUUUCCAGAGGACGAACCACUAAUGAACAGGUAACAGGCAAAUUUAAUGGGGGCUACAAUCCUUUUUCUCGUGGCUGUCUACACAACUGUUGUUACACACAAUUUGGACCACAAUACCCAAGUCUAGUUAAGCCUGAAAAAUAUUCAGGAAAUCGACGUGGAGCUUAUGCAUCAGAGAUAUCUACUAUAGGCAGUGAGAACCAGGUAAAGACCUACAUGGAUAGCAGCAAUGGUGUUAGAAAUGCCAGUUCAAAUGCUUACAAUAAGUUGUCUCCCGGACGAGACGGAUCGGACACAGACAUGGAGCCGACGGCGUCUCAGUCUGCGGAUUGCGAACCGACGCCACCGUUGCAGAGACACGGCUCCAAAAGCAAUUUCUUCCUGCCACCUGUGGAGAACAACGAGUCUCCCAGGCAUCCUCCGACGGCGCAGCAUCGCCAUCCAAUACAUUAUCCUAGAGGCAGUCCACAUCCAAGGCCAAGAGGGAUGAAUGGAUCUCGAAGUCACACGCCGGACCCGUUAUCGCCGGAAACCAGCGGUUCGCCAGCCACAGCGCCUCAACGUGGCCAGGGUCAAGGUGGUGCCAGUCCGACGAUGCAGCAACGCAUCAAAGCUAUUGGAGUGCCCACUCCGCUUGCCAUAUCCAGCCCUAUACGAAGAUCGAACCCGGGUACCCCGACGCAGGUACGUCGGCCGGAUUUCAUAGGCGUGAACGAGGCGCCGACCUAUUACGAUAUGCAGCAGGGAAACACUGGCGGGAUCAGCGUAACCGGUCCGGUAGUUACCGGCUACAGUCCGCAGCGGCGUUUCCUGUCGGAGAGCGAGCUUGUGCGCACCGACCAUCCGUACUCGCGCACCAAUAACACCGUCGACAACAUACGCGAGCUGGCCGGCUCGCCGCAGCGCGGUGUCUACAUGUGGAAGGACAACUCACCCGGCAGUUAUCCGCCCGCUGGAGGAGCGGCGCCGCAUCAGUCGCCGUCGCAACGGCCGCACCCGCCCUAUGACUAUUACCGCUCGAACCCCACCAGCCCGACCCAGCAGCCGUACGCCCCGAGAGCGGCGUACCACCCUGCCAUGAGGGGCGGAGUGCCAGUCUUCCCGCCGCACCAGUCGCCUCAGGUGAAACGGAAAGCCACGAUGGUGACGCCGACCACGCCGACCUCGGGGGACGCGCGACGCCGGCCGAUGUCGUUCGUCCGGGCCCUGGAGAUGACCGACUCUAUGGAGAUGGUCUCGGCGCCGAACGACCCGAGAUCGCAGCGGCCGACGACGCCAACGCCGGACCGGGCGAGCGUGUACGAUAUGAACUACGAGAUAUCCGUAUAGCCCAGCUUUCCGGUCUCCGCACCAUCCUGCGGCUGGACGGAGAUUGUACAAGAGCCGCCGACUCUGCGCGUCUCUCGUUCCAACGAGGAAAGAAUAUACGCCGUUUACGAGAUAUCCGUCUGAAUUCUUCCGCGAGGCAGACUUUAUCGCGAGCGCACGAAGAAGAACGUACGGCUCGUCUCAUCGGUGGUCGGUCUCCUCUCUCGACACGCCGUUGUUCUUGAGGCAGCGAACGCGCGGACGUACACCUGACGAGCCGUCUCACCGGUGAUGCGGGCGUGUGUGCGCAUGUGGUAUGCGUGUGUGUGUGUAUGUGCGUGUGUGUGUGCGCACGCGCGCGCGCGUGUUUCGCAUCGCGAUUGAUGGAUCUCCGCACUUCGGCGAAAUGGGUGCACUCGCCGAACGAAUUGGGGGUGAAAUUGUGAAUAAUAAUCCGUACGCGCGGUAUGUACGCACGCCAAUGUGAACCUUCGUUUUUAUUUCCAAUUCUUCCUACGACACGUUGGAAUCUUACGAUACGGCAGUAAAGAGAGCUCGCGUUCCUCCGCGAGACGUACCAAAACGGCACGCGAGUGUCCUGUCGUAUCGGCAAUAUCAUUGAUUUAGUCAUUGUUAGCGCGAGAAAGGAAGGAAAAAAAGCAAAGAAAACGUAAUAUAUUUCGUGUGUGUGUGUGUGUGUGUGUGUGCAUGUGUGUGUGCGCGCGCGCGCGCCAUCGUAGCGGCGAAGCAUGUUCGUUUACGUCGAGAGAGUUGCAGCAUUCGGUCCGACUGACGAUCCGAAUUAACGAGUCACGGAAGCGUCAACGAAAGUAUAUAUCUCCGAGCGCACAGAGGUUGACCCUUAUUGGAACCUUCGACCGAUAAUCGGCCCCUCUCGCUUCAACAGAAACAAUUAUAUUUUUUAGUACACAUUAAGGUCAGUUUAGAUUUUUAUACAGUGACACCGUGACUCUCAUCCUCAGCGUGGUAGAAACGCGACGUCGAUCCUAGUUCUUCGUCUCUCUUCCGUUUUUUUUCUCUCUCUCUCUCCUCUUUUAAUCCCCCCCUCUUCCGUCGUGCCAAACACGAGGAACCGGGCGGAGUAUUGGGAAUUACUUUAUCAAUCCUCAUUAGCGCUCUCCGGAUACUAGAGGAGUCCGUGUCCAUUAAAAGGAAAAAAAAGGAAGGUAAAGAUAAAAAAGGGAGUUACUUAACCAACUUAAGUCAUUAUCGGGAAUAGAAUAACAAAUUCUGUGUAAAAUAAUCGUGAAAUGUGUAGCAAAUUUUUAAUAUACAUAUUUAACAAUAUUUAUACGUAAAUGAUAAAAAAAUACAAAACUUUAUAAUUUGACCUGUUUGUUAUAAAUGAUGAUUUUAUCGAUGUGCCCACUAACACAUUUUAUUUCUAAAUAUGAAGGGUUUGCAAGAAGAGAAAGUAUGAGUGUAUAGAGAUGUGCGAACGAGAAGUGAAUUUUUAGGAGAACGAGAAAAAUACAGUUCUAGAUUUCAAAACGAGAGAACAAAAAAAUAAUGUAUACAGGGGUGAAUGUGUCUGUAUGUGCGAACGUAAAAUAAUAAUAAUUAAAAAAAAGUACUAUUUUGAUUUUGUUAAAAAAGAAUUGUAAUAUACGCAUUGCAUAAAUCCAUUGCCGCAUCCAUUGCUGCUGUUAAAUUUGUAAUACACCCCGCUUUUAUGAGAUUGCAUGGCGGUUUCUCUGUUGUGUGUAUGUGUAUGAGAAGCUGAUAUAUUAUCAAAGUGACACGGGCUGCAAAUGCGAUAUUGAUUAAAUUUUUUGCAACACGCACUCGAUUCACGAUAGAUCUUGUCGAACGGUUCGAGAAGUGUUUUUACACCACACACACACACACACACACAUAUCAUUUCAACAACGUCAGACAUCGAAUAUUUCCAGAUUGAAGGAAUUUUUGCAUUUGACACAAUUGUUGCUAGAAACACAGAUUUACGAGAGAUUUAUACACAUUUCUUCUGCUUUUAAUUUCGACGAGCUAUCUUUAAGAUUCGUUUAACGGACUUUCUCUCCCCCCCGCCCUCUCUUUCCAUUUUGUUACAUUUCUGUUAUCAAGACGACGAACUGUGCCAAAUUAUCCGUACUCUUCGAUCGUGUAGCUUUGCUUAAUAGCAUUUAAACGAGACAACGGUACAACGUUACGAAUUCAUUAAGGUAAUAAUGUGUAAGGUGUGGCGAGUGUUAAGUGUUUAUAAUUCGGUGUACUUGUACAUAGAUAUUGCUCGUUACACUUCUUAUCACUUAAAUGUGUACAUACCAUCCGGUACUUAACGUAUCGCCGCAGCAAAAACUACAGAAUAAAAAGUCAUGAAAUAUA